AAUUAUUCUGGAAAUUUUCUUGUUGGUUUUAACUGAGCCGCUCUCCACAAUCGUCGAGCUUCUGGUGAAAAUGUCUAAUGUGGGAACUUCAAAGGGAGUCUUGGAGAUCGCUAAGUUUGGGCUUUACGUUGCCAUUCCUAUUGUCCUGAUGUACACUUUCGCCAACAACAGUAAGAAUAUCAAGAAAUUCAUGGGAAAUCGUUCGUAUAUAGUAUAUCCACCAGAGGCGCCGAGGCCUCCUUCUCCAGAAGAAAUGAGGGAGAUGGCACGGGAACUAGCUCGCAAGAACAAUGCCGGUUGAUGCUUUCUUGGGGUUGUAAGAUGUAAGUGUUGCUCUGUGGCAAUUGCUGUGUUUUCAUUCAGAUUUCAAAUAAAAAUGUGGGUAUGAUAAGGGGGUAGUGAGUGGAUCGCCUCUUCAAGUUCAGUGUGGCUUAAUGUUGACAAUAGCUUGGCACCUUCAUUUGUAAAAUAUGAGUGAUAUCCCCAUUUCCAUUUGAGCCUUGCACAAUGUAUACUCAAUCAUGUCUAGCUUAAAAGUUCAAACCCAGCCUGCCAAUUUCAUGUCAAGCUUUAUAUAUGUAGAUGAAAGAGUUUGAUGUUUUGUGACCAUAAAACCAUGAAUGGACGAAUGUGACCAAAUAUCUAGUUUACCUGCCGUCUUGUCAACAAGCAGCUCUAUGCACUGAACUUUCUUUCGGGUUUGUUGUGGAGCUACAUAUAAUUUGUUAUGUGUGCUGGAUUGAGCUUAGUUACAACUUGUUUUUGGUUCUUAGAUGGAUGAAGUUCUG